AUGCCCUCCCUCACUUCUUCCGCUGCUCGCGCGGCUUCUCGCGCGUCCUCGGCAACCGGCGCCGGCGCCCGCCUGGCCCAGAUGCGCAGCCACAUGAGCUCAAAAGCCACCUCCCCCAUGGCGCGAAACAAAGAGAUCGGCGAAGCCUACAUUCUCUCUGCCUCCCGCACGCCGACAGCCAAGUUCAAUGGCAGCUUUAUCAGCAUGUCUGCCCCGCAACUCGGUGCCGUCGCGAUCAAGUCUGCUAUUGAGAAGUCGAAAGUUCCAAUUUCCAAGAUUACAGAUGUAUAUAUGGGCAACGUCCUUCAAGCGGGUAUGGGUCAAGCACCGGCCAGGCAAGCCUCCAUAUUCGCCGGUCUGCCAUCGACGGUUGAAGCCGUGACCAUCAACAAGGUCUGCGCUUCAGGGAUGAAAGCAGUGGCGAUCGCGGCACAGAAUAUCCAGCUUGGUUUAGCGGAGGCGCAAGUGGCCGGUGGAAUGGAAAGCAUGUCUCGGGUGCCCUACUACCUGCCCAGGGCGGCGCAGAACCCGCCGUUCGGACACAUGCAACUGAAAGAUGGGCUGAUUGAAGACGGCCUCUGGGAUGUGUACAACCAGUUCCACAUGGGCAACUGCGCGGAGAACACGGCCAAAAAGUUCAACAUCACACGAGAAAUGCAGGACGCAUAUGCCAUCCAAAGCUUUGAACGGGCACAAAAAGCUUGGGCAGAAGGCAAGUUCAAAGACGAAGUUGUUCCGGUCACCGUCAAGGGGAAGAAGGGCGACACUGUCAUCUCCGAGGAUGAAGGUUACAACAACCUCAAGAAGGACAAGGUUCCCACGUUGAAACCUGCAUUCGUAAAGGACCCUUCAAAAGGAACCGUGACGGCUGCGAACUCGUCAACGUUCAAUGACGGUGCGAGCGCGUUGGUGCUAGGCAAUAAGGACAUUGCCCGGGAAUAUGGCAAGGGGAGCCGCGUGCUUGCCCGCAUUGUCAGUUCCGCCGAUGCGGCCAUCGAUCCGGUAGAUUUUCCCAUCGCUCCCGCAAAAGCUGUGCCUAUAGCUCUGGAAAGGGCGGGGCUGACCAAAGACGACAUUGCGAUCUGGGAAUUCAACGAGGCGUUUGCAGCAGUCAUCAAGGCAAAUGAACAGGCAAGUAUCCUCGGUCUGGAGGGUGCUAAAGUGAAUCUGUUGGGUGGUGCCAUCUCGCUCGGCCACGCCCUGGGUAGUUCGGGCUCGCGGAUCCUGACAACCUUGCUGCACCAGCUGCAGCCGGGCGAGUACGGCUGUGCCGCCAUCUGCAACGGCGGUGGCGCGGCGACGGCCAUCAUUGUGCAACGCAUCGAGAGCGUGGACUAA